GGGGUUGCGGGCAGAGCGCGCGUCCAUCGUCAGCGCAGGCUGGCGAGCGCAUCUUUCAGUCCUGAGAGUCGAAUAGGUUGUGACACCCCUCCUUGCCCUACAUUCUUGUCGUCCUAGAGAGGUCUUCCCCAACUGCAUUUAUCAUAAUAUCUCCAAGUCUAGCCGUGCAGGUUGAUCUUGGGCUGGGCGCUUUUCGAAGGGAUACUAAAAUUCGAAAAGGAAAGCGGCGUGAACGCAUAGUGCAUAGGAGAAGACUGGCAUGAGGUUGGAGCAUCUAUAUUUGUUAUCAUUCAAUCUGCUUACGCAGUGACGGCGUUGACUCGGUGCGGGGUUUUCCUCUUGUUAACUGGAAGUGACUUUACACCUCGAAUUCUAUAUUAUUGUGGAAUUGGUCCCGUUUUCCUGAUAUUGGAUAAUCAUUGGCGGUCUUCAGGAAGCCAGUAUGAAGGACGGCAUGGCUAACAACAACACAGCCAGCAUCUCACAGGCGAGGAAAGCUGUGGAGCAGCUGAAGAUGGAGGCCUGCAUGGACAGGAUAAAGGUGUCGAAGGCGGCGGCCGACCUGAUGGCGUACUGCGACGCCCACAUACGAGAGGACCCGCUUAUUGUGCCCGUGCCCGCCUCGGAGAACCCCUUCCGGGAGAAGAAAUUCUUCUGCACCAUCCUCUGAAGCCUGUGCCCCACCUCGUCCCCCCCCUCCCCGUCCCG